AUCAAUCCAUGUGUCCCCCAAAUAUCCCAUACAUUUAUAGAGCAUCGAGAGUACACCGGGAGGUAAAAAGCAACAGAACAAUCCGUUUAUUCGUAUUUUAAUGCGUUCAAGGGUCCGAGAGUUUUAUUCUGCCAAUUAAUGGGGGAUUGUUUCAGAGAAUGAUUGUCCCGUCUGCACAAAACGCAAGACAAUCAGAGGGAACAUCGCAUGAAGAAAACUGGAAUUUAUAGGCUUUCUCGAACAUUAGAUAGGAAAUUUUGUAUCGUUGAUUUUUUGAAAAUUUGUGCCUGAAAUAUUGAAAAAAAAGACUUCAAAAUGAGCAAGGGAGUCGAUCCGAAGGAACUGGAACCCAUGAAUGCAGCUGGAGCUGGAAAACAUGAAAAAAUCAGGAUGAAAAAACAGUUGGGGUUGAUGGAGGGAGUUGCUAUCAUCCUGGGCAUUAUUUUUGGUUCAGGAAUUUUCAUAUCACCAACAGGUGUAAUCCAGGAAGUGGGUAGUGUUGGUAUGUCCCUGGUAAUUUGGGUACUGUGUGGAUUGCUGUCAAUGAUCGGGGCACUUUGUUACGCAGAACUGGGGACAAGUAUACCCAGAAGUGGUGGAGAUUAUGCGUAUAUUCACGAGGCCUUUGGUGCAUUACCUUCAUUUUUGUAUUUGUGGGCAGCGAAUCUCAUUUUCGUACCAACAACAAAUGCAAUUAUGGCAUUGACCUUUGCCAAGUAUGUGCUGCAGCCGUUUUUCAUUGGCUGCAGUAUCCCUGACGGCAGCGUGCGGUUGAUAGCAGCUUUAACCAUCUGUUUAUUAACAUUCAUAAAUUGUUACGACGUGAAGGAGACCUCCAAAAUGCAAAACAUGUUCAUGUUCGCCAAGAUUGCAGCCCUAGUGCUCAUUAUUCUCGCGGGUUUGGGGUGGCUUAUCCUUGGUAGGGUCGAGAAUUUCCACGAUUCCUUCAAGGACACCACCAGUGAUCCGGGGAGGAUUGCUGUUGCCUUUUACUCUGGUAUUUUUUCCUACUCUGGGUGGAAUUACCUUAAUUUCAUGACUGAGGAGUUGAAAGAUCCCUAUGUGAAUUUACCUCGUGCCAUCUACAUUUCUCUACCACUAGUGACUUUAAUUUAUGGUCUUGCCAAUAUUGCUUAUCUUGCUGUUCUCAAUCCAACGGAGAUGAUGGCCUCUAGUGCGAUUGCAGUGACUCUCGCAGACCGAACCCUGGGCGCUAUGUCCUGGGUUAUGCCAGUUCUCGUAGCAGCAUCAGCUUUUGGUGGUUUGAGUGUCCACAUAAUGACAUCCUCAAGAAUGUGUUUUGUUGGGGCACGUAAUGGACACUUUCCAGCAAUGCUCAGUCAUCUCAAUAUCAGAAGUCUUACUCCCACCCCGGCCCUCGUUUUUCUGUGUAUAUUAUCCCUGAUGAUGCUGUACACCAGUGAUAUUUAUGUACUUAUAACUUACUGCAGCAUCGUCGAAUCAUUUUUCAUAAUGGUGUCGGUUGCUGGCAUUCUUUGGUUGAGAUAUUCGCGACCCAAAAUGGACAGGCCAAUAAAGGUGGCUUUAUGGAUUCCCAUAACAUUUGUCUCGAUUUGUGCCUUCUUAGUUCUCGUCCCUUGUUAUGUGAGACCUCGGGAGGUCAUCAUGGGGACUGUAAUCACGCUUUCUGGGAUUCCAGCUUAUUUUGUGGGAAUUGUUUGGAAAAAUAAGCCAGACUGGUUCCAGCGUUACAAUGUUAGAGCCACGCACUUCAUCCAGAAGUUGUUCAUAUCAGCGAAGGAGGAACAAGACGACUAAACGAUCAUUUUCUAAUGAGAAAUUGUUCGGAAGAUAAUGCUCUCAAUAACCUCCAAGCCAAAUAUUGAUUGACUGUGCUCCUCAUGAAUCUCAUACCCCCUGAAUCUCAUCGUACAUCACGUGCAUCAAUUAUUUAUUUAUGCAUUACGCUUUAUGCCCGAGGAUUGAUAUUUAUUUACUCACAAACAGAUCACAGAACUGCAGGAGGCAGUCUCGGAAUAAAUCUCGUCCUCAUUUUACUUUAUUUAUUUUUUUCUCGUACAAUUCAACGCACAGAGGUAAGAAUUAACGUUAACAAGUCGCCCAUCUUGUUGACUAAACAAUCUGGAGCAAUACUUUAUUUUGUCCAGUUAAUUAUUUACAUAAUUCGGCUAAUACAAUUUUUACAUGUGUCGCAUGAAUAAAGAUAUUUUGGUUUAGUUAACAA